ACGUCGAAUUCAGGCGACCCUCGCCGGAAACAGUUCGUUCGUCGUUGUUAUUCAUACAUCCAUGAUUUCUUGCUAUGUUUUAUCGAUCUGCGCGUUAUAUUAAGCAUUUUCACGAUUUCUUUGCCUUUCGGAAAUCAUUCGUGCGGGAAAAUAUUGGGACGUAACCUACACACCUAAUUCUCGCAAUAACGCUGCACAGUAGACCGUGCUUGUCGGCUUAAAACCUCGCUGAAUGCUGAUCCAGCCGUGAGGCUAAGGCACACUCAACGGCUAGGUUUGCAGGGGUGUACUUCAUAUCCAAGGUGUAUCAGUAUGGCGCUGAAUAUCGGAGAGGAGCGUUUGAAGGAGAUGGAGGCAGAAAUGGCUCUUUUUGAGCAGGAGGUCCUCGGUGGUCCAGUAUCCGCAGGGGGCCCAGACACACUCGACGCAGUACCAGUGACCGUACCAGUGGUCAGAGCUAUCAUAGGCACCAACACAUACAGACAGGUCCAGCAGACGUUGGAGGCUGCUAGAGCGGCCACUUACAUUCCUCCCUCAGGGUUUGUAGGACCAGGUAACUUUCCUCCGGGGAUGCCUCCUCCUCCUCCAAUGAUGAGGCCAGCGUUCAUGCCUCAUAUCCUUCAGAGACCCGGUGUUCCAAGGAUGGCACUGAUGCGUGGCCCCCCCCCACAGGGCAUGAUGGCUCCGCCUCUACCCCGGCCCCCCCCACCACCUCCCAUGAUGCUCCCCCCGGCUCUCCAGCUCCAGAGGGCCCCGCAGGCCGCCCCCCAGCCUAUGCAGCCCCACCCACACCCCCACAUGCUGCCAGUGCAACAGCAGCGUAACAUAGCCCCCAUGAACCCGGCUCCGCCCCCUAGGCCGGUAGGCCCCGCGGCUCUCAAGCCGUCGCCGUCCAUCAUCCAGGCAGCUCCUACCACCUACUCCUCCCCCCCGACCCCAGCCAGCGGGCCCAGGAGACCCGACAUCAGAGCACAACGACAAGCUAGAAUGGAGGAGCUUGCGGCCCGCGUGGCAGAGCAGCAGGCGGCGGUGAUGGCAGCCGGGCUGCUGGAGAAGAAGGAGGCGGAGGAGAAGGCCAGCAUCGGGCCGGCCAUGCCUGACCCAGAGCCUUCACAGAGCGAGCCCGCGGAGUCGGCCACGGAGGACAAGAAGAAAGGAAAGGUGGAGAAGGUGAAGAAGUGCAUCCGGACCGCCGCCGGCACCACCUGGGAGGACCAGAGCAUGCUGGAGUGGGAAACAGACGACUUCCGUUUAUUCUGUGGUGAUCUUGGUAAUGAGGUGAACGACGACAUCCUGGCCCGGGCUUUCAGUCGAUACCCCUCCUUCCUCAAAGCAAAGGUGGUUCGAGACAAACGGACGGGAAAGACCAAAGGCUACGGGUUCGUGAGCUUCAAAGACCCCAACGACUACGUCAGAGCCAUGAGGGAGAUGAACGGGAAAUAUGUGGGCAGUCGUCCAAUCAAACUGAGGAAGAGCAUGUGGAAGGACCGCAACAUGGAGGUGGUCCGGAAGAAGCAGAGGGAGAAGAAGAAGCUGGGUCUUAGGUAGCAUGGCUCCUGGUUCGCACAACUGGGGCUCAUGGAAAGUGGGCGGAAUUGUUAUUUUUGUUUUGGUCGAGAUCGGCGUUGGACAAACGUAUCAUUGUAGUUGUGGUUCAGGGUUCUGAAUUUGACAUGACAACAAUUGUUUUUCAAAUAAAACCAGAUUUUCUGGAUGAAUUUUA